CGAAGUCACAGCGACUCCAAAAUGGAAGCUGGCUCAGUUCUAUCUGUCAAUGCGCCCUUCUGUCUCAUGGGGACUCCCAAUUCCGAACAUUUUAGGGUUCAUUUGCAGCAAAAAGGCUUAUCCAAUCGAGCUUUAGCGCGCAAGAGUGUAUACUUCUAAAAUGGAACAUAAAACUCUCUCUCUCUCUUGCUUGCUCGCUCGCUCUCUCUUAAUGUUUUUCUUCUUUGGGAGUGCUUAGAAUAGGUUCUUCGGCACUGGAAGCAGGAAGUCAGUCUCAACCACACCCCUAAUGAGAAUUGUGCUGCAUUGAUUCAAACCUUUAGCAGAAAAAACUUACCUCAUGUUGCUCCGGAGAUUUUUCUUGAGAUGAAAUCUGAAGGCUUUCCACUUGACGUAUCUGCACUAUCAGCCCUGAUGCUAUGCUAUGCCAAUAACGGUCUUUUUCUUGAAGCUCAGGCAAUUUGGGAUGACAUUCUGAACAGUUCUUUUGUUCCUAAUAGUCAAAUAAUUUCAGAACUCAUUGAUGCCUAUGGCAGGAUGCAACAUUUUGAUGGAGUGCAGAGAAUGCUGUAUCAGUUAAGUUUGAGGGACUAUAAUUCACUACCUGAGAUUUAUGCAGUAGCUCUCACUUCUUUUGGAAAGGGAGGACAGCUGGAGUUGAUGGAAAGUACUCUCGAGGAGAUGAAUUCAAGGGGUUUUGCAUUAGAUUCGGUGAUGGAGAAUGCUAUUGUCAUAUACUAUAGUAUUUUUGGUUCUCUGACUGAGAUGGAAGCUGCUUACAGCCGUCUUAAACGGUCUAGGACUCUCAUAGAGGAAGAAGGUAUAAGGGCAAUGUCCAUUGCCUAUAUAAAAAACAGGAAAUUCUAUAGUUUAGGUGAGUUCCUUAGGGAUGUGGGUCUUGGUAGGAGAAAUGUGGGUAAUCUCCUGUGGAACCUUCUGCUUCUGUCUUAUGCUGCAAAUUUCAAGAUGAAAAGCUUGCAGAGAGAAUUUUUGAGAAUGGUGGAAGCUGGAUUUCAUCCUGAUAUUACAACGUUUAAUAUACGAGCUCUGGCUUUCUCAAAGAUGUCUUUGUUCUGGGAUCUUCAUGUCAGCCUUGAACAUAUGAAGCAUGAACAAGUCAUCCCGGAUCUUGUGACUUAUGGUUGUGUUGUUGAUGCUUACUUGGAUAGGAGACUGGGAAUGAAUUUGGAUUUUGCUUUGAGGAAAAUGAAUGUCCAUGCAUCUCCACAGGUGUUGACCGAUCCUUGUGUAUUUGAGGCCAUGGGAAAAGGGGAUUUCCACUCAAGCUCAGAGGCAUUCUUGGAGUUUGAGAGUUGGGAGACCUGGACUUACAAGAAGCUGAUCAAAACAUAUCUGAAGAAGAAAUACCUGAGUAACCAAAUAUUCUGGAAUUACUGACGUGUGAAUUGUCUAUGAAGAUUAGUGUACAGAUACAAUAUGGACUGGCUGCUUACUGUUAACAGCUUAUGUUUUCGGGUCAAUGAGCAAUCUCUGGCAACUGUCAACUGCUACAGUACAACACGGUGAAAUCAUCCUAACCUUUACAAUCAAUCCCAUUUCUGUUUAGAUUUGUAAAUACUUUGCUCUUUCUUCUUCUUCCUCUUCUUUUUUUUUUUUUUUGUUUAGUAAUUACUUUUAUCUUUUGUUUGCCACUUUCUUAUAUAUUAAAUUUCUUUCUGUGAUCUUCAGACCUUUGUGGUACUCAUUAACUUUGACCAUAUGAAAGGCAAACAAGGAGGGCCUUAAAUUUCGCUUGCAAUGGCACAAUUUGGUAGGUGUUUCCUGUAACUAUGGCAUGUUCUGUAAAAAUGAUCCGAGUUCAUAGAAGAAUUCUGAUGUCUAUGGUCCUUGUUUUUCUUAUUCUUCCUUCCUCUAACCUUUCACAUGCUCUCUUUUGUUUUGAAUUUCCCUUUGUAGCCCAGAGGGAUCAAGUAUUAGAUCAGGUGACACGUUUUGUUGUCUAUGAACUUAUAAAUUGAUUUAGGUUUGUUUGGAAUGUAUGACGCCUUGACUCUUGGCCAGAAAAUGUAGCUAAAGAAUUUGAAAUUGAAUUGAGAGGCUUGGCUCUUAAAUUGUUGAAUGAGAUUUUUUUUUUUUCAGGCAAGUAAUAAAUGGUUGAGAUUUUUAUUCGUUAGCAAUAUCCUCCUAGUCUGAAUUUCAAUUAGAUAUUGACUACAACAAGAAUCACAGCGUUGAGGUAGGGUUGGUUAUCUGAAUUCUAGACCUCCAGCCAUCUCUAUCAUCAGCCAUAUUCUUUGUAAGACCAUUAUACUUUAUAUCAUGUUUAACGGUUCCUCACUAAGUUUUUUGUGGUUGUUCUCUCACUCUUACAAGGGAAUAUGAACUUAAAAAAAGUACUAACAACUGUAUAUGGAUGUUCGUCAUUUUCAAGUCCUGAUAUCAAAAUGCAAGCCCCUUUUAAAUCUUGCCCAGCAGCGAUUAAGUUGAUCUGGGAGAACAAUACAGACUAAAGUUGGGUGAUGUCUGCUCGUGAGAAGUUGUGAAUUAAUGGCUUAAAUAAGUAGAAGAGGGAUGUUAUAGGCUCUUUUGGUUGCUAAACUGGUAAGGUUUCUUUUGAUUUCCUUCUUUCUUUAUUUCUUUUUUGUAUUAUUCUUUGUAUUAGUGAUGUGCUAGUGGACUAGCUGCUGAAACUUCUGAACAUCGAAACAUUGGAAGGUUGUAGAAAAGCAUAGAUUAAACCAAGAGUGGUGUAAGAUUUUUCAAUGUAUUUCUAUCAGUUCAACCCUGGUUGAGAACUACUUGUUUCUGAAGAAGAAUCGAGUAAGAUGCUCCUUGAGAAAUGCUGGAUCAAAGUGGUGAAACUCAUCAUCUAUAUAUUAUUCGAAUUUUCUAGCAAGAUAAUGCCAAUAACUUUCAUGUGAACAACAGCAUUGCAAA